AUUACGUAUAAUGGAUUAAUUAACAACCAAAGUAGCAACAAGAGAUGACAUCCUCUCAUACUUAAAAAAUUGUGCCUAAAAUCGACAUUCCAGAGUUGUUGCCAUGUAUAAUUCACAUUUGGAUAUGCUUAUAGAAGGUAUAAAAUGCUUUUUACCCUUUUGUAGGCAAUGACUAAGAUCUAAUGGUUUUUCCAAUUGAUGAUAGACUUGCCAACAGAGCUCACGGAGCCAUGGAAACUGGCAAUGUAAAAAACUACAGAAUCAGUUCGCUUGAUUUUCAUAUGAAUAGACUCUUUCGAUCAGCUGAAAUUAUUGGAUUAAAGAUCGAUCUCACAAAAGAAUAAAUCAAAAGUAAUACUUAUUUGAAAUUGUAGAUAAAAUACAUGAGAUGGCCUAUUUAGCUUAUAAAGUCUUGGAAAGAGAAAAUCAUCCAAAUUUAUAAGAUUAAAUAUUAGUUCUUAAAAUUUGGGUCUCUACUGGAAUUGGAGACUUUGAUAUCUAUGGAUGUGUAAGCACAUUUGUUAUCUUUAGAAUAAGAAAUCAAUUGUUUAUGCUGCUCUGUACAUAAAUGGAAAUGUUGGGGAUGAUUCCGAUAAAGGAGUGAAAGAAUACAUCCACCUUGAUAUGUGGACCUAACCUAAUUACUUUUCGAAUGCCAAAACAGUAAACUAUUUGGAACUUGCAACAAUGGCAGAUUAUUCAAAAGUUAGAGGAGGAUAUUUUGGAAUAAAAGUUGAUCCCCAAGGAAACUUAUUGGAAGGAGCCAUUUCGAACGUUGCUUUCAUAACUAAAGAUAGUACAUUUGGCUAUCCGCCUUUGAGCAAAACAAUUAGAGGAAAUACUUUAAAUAAAGCUUUGAAAAUAGUAGACAGCGAUUUGUUGCCAAAGAGUUCUGUGAAAAAAGUCAAAGAAAUUGAAUUGAACAUCAAGGAUAUUGAUCAAAUUGUAGAGUUAUUCCAUUUAAGUAAUGAUCAUGUAACUCUUUUUUAAUGAUUUUUCUUAGAUUAUUCCGAUUUUGAGUGUUAAUGAUUAGCCUAUAGGAAAUGGGGAGGUCGGACCAAUUACAAAAUAUUUAUAGGAGAAGCUAGAAAUUGCAAGAGCAAGUGUGAAAUUGGAUACAUCUGGAGACGUAAUCAAGGGAUUUGAGUCAUAAUAAUGAUAAUAAAUAAAAAAAUCAAGUGAUUUAUUAUAGAAUAA